AUGCUCUCAGAGGAAGAAGCGGUUUGUCUCCUCUCUGCUCGAACGUCGUCCACAAGCAACGUCCCCCGGUCCAUUUCCUACGGCGAACGCUUUAACAUCAACGCGCUCAACGACUACGAAACACGGUUCUACUUUCGCUUCUGGAAGCGAGACCUAUUUCGACUCUUUGAAGCGCUCCGCCUAGACAGCAGCUAUAAACUCCCAAAUCGAGCUGUCUUCUCCGGUUUCGAGGGCCUCUGCAUUCUCUUGCGCCGCAUGGCAUACCCGGGACGUUAUGGAGACUUAAGCAGCUUUUUCGGGCGGUCCACCCCUAUUGUCUGCAUGAUAUUUAACUUCAUGCUGGGGUUGGUGUACGACACGUACAAAUGCCUACUCACCAUUGAAUGUGGGCUACUUACAUCGUCGCGAUUGGAGGAGUACGCUGCUGCUGUGGCACAACGUGGAGCACCGGAGCUGAGAUGCAUUGGUUUUAUCGAUGGCACUGUGCGUGCUAUUGCACGCCCAACGCGCAACCAAAAACAAGUUUACAACGGACACAAGAGGAAACACGCGCUAAAAUACCUAGGAGUAAUGGCGCCGGACGAACUAUUCAUCGACUUUUACGUCCUACGGUUGGACGUCGUCACGACUCUUAGCUUUUAA